AUGAGAAGUGAGUUUCCCGGCAAUAUCUCUGGAUCAACAGUAGUAGCAGCAUCAACAGCAGCAGAGACUACAAACACAGACGUCACUACAAAAUCAGCAGUAGUAGUAGCAGCAGAGACUACAAACACAGACGUCACCACAAAAUCAGCAGUAGUAGUAGCAGCAGAUAUUACAAAAACUGACGUCACUACAAAAUCAGCAGUAGUAGCAGCAGCAGAGACUACAAACACAGACGUCACUACAAAAUCAGCAGUAGUAGUUAGUAGUAGUAGCAGCAGAGACUACAAACACAGACGUCACUACAAAAUCAGCAGUAGUAGUAGUAGCAGAGACUGCAAACACAGGCGUCACUACAAACUCAGCAGUAGUAGUAGCAGCAGAGACUACAAACACAGACGUCACUACAAAAUCAGCAGUAGUAGUAGCAGCAGAGACUACAAACACAGACGUCACUACAAAAUCAGCAGUAGUAGUAGCAGCAGAGACUACAAACACAGACGUCACUACAAAAUCAGCAGUAGUAGUAGCAGCAGAGACUACAAACACAGACGUCACUACAAAAUCAGCAGUAGUAGUAGCAGCAGAGACUACAAACACAGACGUCACUACAAAAUCAGCAGUAGUAGUAGCAGCAGAGACUACAAACACAGACGUCACUACAAAAUCAGCAGUAGUAGUAGCAGCAGAGACUACAAACACAGACGUCACUACAAAAUCAGCAGUAGUAGUAGCAGCAGAGACUACAAACACAGACGUCACUACAAAAUCAGCAGUAGUAGUAGCAGCAGAGACUACAAACACAGACGUCACUACAAAAUCAGCAGUAGUAGUAGCAGCAGAGACUACAAACACAGACGUCACUACAAAAUCAGCAGUAGUAGUAGCAGCAGAGACUACAAACACAGACGUCACUACAAAAUCAGCAGUAGUAGUAGCAGCAGAGACUACAAACACAGACGUCACUACAAAAUCAGCAGUAGUAGUAGCAGCAGAGACUACAAACACAGACGUCACUACAAAAUCAGCAGUAGUAGUAGCAGCAGAGACUACAAACACAGACGUCACUACAAAAUCAGCAGUAGUAGUAGCAGCAGAGACUACAAACACAGACGUCACUACAAAAUCAGCAGUAGUAGUAGCAGCAGAGACUACAAACACAGACGUCACUACAAAAUCAGCAGUAGUAGUAGCAGCAGAGACUACAAACACAGACGUCACUACAAAAUCAGCAGUAGUAGUAGCAGCAGAGACUACAAACACAGACGUCACUACAAAAUCAGCAGUAGUAGUAGCAGCAGAGACUACAAACACAGACGUCACUACAAAAUCAGCAGUAGUAGUAGCAGCAGAGACUACAAACACAGACGUCACUACAAAAUCAGCAGUAGUAGUAGCAGCAGAGACUACAAACACAGACGUCACUACAAAAUCAGCAGUAGUAGUAGCAGCAGAGACUACAAACACAGACGUCACUACACAAUCAGCAGUAGUAGUAGCAGCAGAGACUACAAACACAGACGUCACUACAAAAUCAGCAGUAGUAGUAGCAGCAGAGACUACAAACACAGACGUCACUACAAAAUCAGCAGUAGUAGUAGCAGCAGAGACUACAAACACAGACGUCACUACAAAAUCAGCAGUAGUAGUAGCAGCAGAGACUACAAACACAGACGUCACUACAAAAUCAGCAGUAGUAGUAGCAGCAGAGACUACAAACACAGACGUCACUACAAAAUCAGCAGUAGUAGUAGCAGCAGAGACUACAAACACAGACGUCACUACAAAAUCAGCAGUAGUAGUAGCAGCAGAGACUACAAACACAGACGUCACUACAAAAUCAGCAGUAGUAGUAGCAGCAGAGACUACAAACACAGACGUCACUACACAAUCAGCAGUAGUAGUAGCAGCAGAGACUACAAAAACUGA